AUGACAAAGCGCGCGCGCGCGAGAUUUGAUGCGAUUUUAAACAAGAGACACCAAAACGACGAAAUUCAUAUAAAAGACUUCUGUGGCAAACAAUUGGCUUCAGUCAGAAGCGCAAAUCGUUGCGACGAAUAUACCCUUUAAGGCACGGAUCCUCUGCUCUUGAGUGAACGAUUAUCAAACGGACGGUCAGAAAUAUGUCGGCUCUAACUUGGAAGUUUGUGGCGCUCGUUUUGUGUGCGUAUUUGAUUGUGGCGCAGGCGCGACCUCAGGCUCCUGAACAACCAGAACCGUACGAAUAUCAGUACGAGGUUAAAGACGCCGAAAAGGAAUUGUUUUUCAACAAAAAUGAAGCAGGAGAUGCUCAAGGAAAGGUUUCUGGUCAAUAUGCUGUCUGGCUGCCAGAUGGAAGAUUAAUGACAGUAGCCUAUACCGUGGAUGGUGAAAAUGGUUUUGUGCCCAAGAUCACUUUUGAUACCAACAACCCAUUGGGUUAAGCAGCCAACCAACAACCAAGAGCCAAAAAAUCGCCGCAAACUUAAUACGACCGUCUCACACUUUACGUUCGCUCCGAAUAGAUCGACUUACCACCAGCCAACGCACACAGACACAUUUUUUUGUAGGUUUCCUUGUUCUGUAGCACAAAUUAUAAAAUUAUACAAACAAAUAUCCAUAGCAUAUGAACUACAUAUAUAAUAGCAUAUUAAACUUCUAUAUAAUACGACAACACACACACACAUAUAUAUAUAAUUAUAGUAAAUAAUAAAGCACCCAAUAUCCAGCAACUGUAACUCUCCAUACGUCCAUCCAUCUCUUGGACGGUUGGGUGUUUUGUGGAAGUCUUUUCUGGUAGCAGUUCUUCAUCACCGAUAUGUCAAUGCAGUGCCGGCCUCCAUUUCACCACCACCACGAUCACCUUCCCAACGUGUCUUUUUUAGAAUAAUUUGUAUGAAGAGAAAACAUCUUUUUUUGCUCCACUGUAUAUUAUCAGAUACUCAAUUUGUAUGUAUGUGUAAACAUAUAUCGUAUUAGUUUAAGGGUUUUUUUUUCAAUAUUAUUUGUUUUUUAUUUUUAAAUUUUUCUUGUUUGUUAAAAUGUUGGACUUGGAGUGCUGCACUCCAAACUUCAUGUGUAAAGAGUCAUUUGUACUUGGUACCAUACUUACACCUUCCCCCGCCC